CAUGGCUGCGCCCUUCGACUGCUAGCUAAACGUCUCGUCCUCCCUCAACAGUUUUGAGCGCAGAAAUGACGUUGAAAGAUUUUACCAAGUGGAACAGAAUUGUGUCUACGGUGUACGCAAUGGGUGUGUGGACUAUGAUCGGCUCCUUUGCGUACUUUCAUUACACUGGUCGUUUCAAAAACAGCACAGACUCAACUCAAAAUGAAGAAGAAAAAACAGAAAAGCCGAAGGAUCGAAAUGAAGUUCUCCACCAGACUGCUCACACAAAAACGAUGAUCCUCUACAAAAAAGACUUUGUUCCGUACACAACAAGGAUCUACAAUUUCUUUCAGUCAUUCACUGGUGGUCCUGGGACUGGAGACAGUUGAAAUUCAAAUGGACACUGUAGACUUGUAUGGAAGACAUGCUUAUAAUGCCGUGUGAAUUAAUACAUUUGUGUGAGGAUGAAAUGAAAUCAACUGUGGUACAUCCUCUAAAAGUACAAGAAGGAUACCAUCUGCUAUUGUACUGAAAAUUACAUUUGUACUGAUGAUAAAAGUUCAGUUCUACGGUCAGUA